AUGAACAACAGUAAAGUAGCUAAACCAAUAAAAACUGUGGGAGAAUGGGUAUUUGAGGAGAUUAUCGGAAAAGGCGCUCAGGCGACUGUCUACAGAGGAAGAAAUAAGAGUGCAAACAAAAUUGCAGCGAUAAAAGAAAUCUGUCUUGAUCAAGUUGAUCAAGCCGUUUUGUCUACGACAGAGGUUGAUUUGAUUAAAUCAAUUUCUCACCCUUUUGUGAUUAAACUCUGGGAUCACUUUUUGUUUGAAAAAGAGUACUAUAUUAUAUACGAGUACAUCACGCAAGUUUAUUUCUAA